AUGGACGAUGACACGGGCAUUCUCUGCCCUUCAAUCUGUACGCAGAUGCAUCAUAGCAAUUCCCCUCCGUUUUCCACUCCGCAGGGUGGUGAGAUGUCUCAAAGUCAAUGCGCUCCAGGCUCUGCUGCCACCUCGCUACAUCAACACAGGCGUGUUAUCUCUCAUCCUUCAAUACUGCAACAGAUGCUUGAUCCAAGUCUUUUUGGAGACACUCUCCAGCAACAACGGCAACUUUCAUCCAUGACACACAGCCAUGGAAGUUGGGGCUCGGCUAUGGAACCAAAUACUUUUUGCAGCACGGACGCAAUGGCGUAUGAUAUUGUGGAGAAUAAGGGAAACAUACUAUCUUGGGAAGACGAAACUCCCGGGUCUACCGAGCUGGAACUUGACCUGUUCGCCGCGACUUAUCCUCUGUUUGAUGAAUUCCGCGAACUCGAAUGCCUCGGAUACCAGACCUCCAGGCAACCAAACACAUCCACAAGCUCGCAGAGAAGUUGCAGCCAGAUAUAUGAUAAUCAUUAUCCAAAUUCGGUAUCUACUUGUUCUCGACCGUCGUUUGAUAGCUCGACCUCUCGGCCGGAAAGCGCAAUUUACCCCCCUCUCUCGCCUGAGAACUCUGUUGGCUCUAACUCUCCGAUUGACUUCCAUCUGCUCUAUGGCGCUGACUCGCUUGUACGUUCUGUACCCGAGGCCGGGAACUUGGCAUCCGAAGAUGAGACAGACGAUGACAGUGUCUCAUCCGAAGAACCCUACGCAAGAUUGAUUUGGAGAGCACUCAUGUCUGCCCCUGGUCAUAAGAUGGUUUUGAAGGAGAUAUACGAGUGGUUUGAAAAGAACACUAGCAAAGCCAAAAACUCUGACUCUAAAGGAUGGCAGAAUAGUAUUCGACAUAAUCUGUCUAUGAAUGCGGUAAGAUACUGA